ACAGUGUUCGCUGCUGCACCCCUCAGAGGCUGGGUGACCCGCGUAGAAGUGAAGUACUUUUUUAUUUGCAGACCUUGGCCGAUGCCGCUUUGAAAAACGCGAGGGGCUCUAUGCACCUCCCUGGCGGUAGUUCCUCCGACCUCAGCCAGGUCGGGUCGUGCCGCCCUCUCCCAGGAGAGACAAACAGGUGUCCCACGUGGCAGCCGCGCCCCGGGAGCCCCUCCUGUGAUCCCGUAGCGCCCCCUGGCCCGAGCCGCGCCCGCGUCUGUGAGUAGAGCCGCCCGGGCACCGAGCGCUGGUCGCCGCGCUCCUUCCGUUAUAUCAACAUGCCCCCUUUCCUGUUGCUGGAAACCAUCUGUAUUUUCCUGUUUUCCAGAGUGCCCCCAUCUCUCCCUCUCCAGGAAGUCCAUGUAAGCAAAGAAACCAUCAGGAAGAUUUCAGCUGCCAGCAAAAUGAUGUGGUGCUCGGCUGCAGUGGACAUCAUGUUUCUGUUAGAUGGGUCUAACAGCGUCGGGAAAGGGAGCUUUGAAAGGUCCAAGCACUUUGCCAUCACAGUCUGUGACGGUCUGGACAUCAGCCCCGAGAGGGUCAGAGUGGGAGCAUUCCAGUUCAGUUCCACUCCUCAUCUGGAAUUCCCCUUGGAUUCAUUUUCAACCCAACAGGAAGUGAAGGCAAGAAUCAAGAGGAUGGUUUUCAAAGGAGGGCGCACGGAGAUGGGACUUGCUCUGAAAUACCUUCUGCACAGAGGGUUGCCUGGAGGCAGAAAUGCCUCUGUGCCCCAGAUCCUCAUCAUCGUCACUGAUGGGAAGUCCCAGGGGGAUGUGGCACUGCCAGCCACGCAGCUGAAGGAAAGGGGUGUCACUGUGUUUGCUGUGGGGGUCAGGUUUCCCAGGUGGGAGGAGCUGCAUGCACUGGCCAGCGAGCCUAGAGAGCAGCAUGUGCUGUUGGCUGAGCAGGUGGAGGAUGCCACCAACGGCCUCUUCAGCACCCUCAGCAGCUCUGCCAUCUGCUCCAGCGCCACGCCAGACUGCAGGGUCGAGGCUCACCCCUGUGAGCGCAGGACGCUGGAGAUGGUCCGGGAGUUCGCUGGCAAUGCCCCGUGCUGGAGAGGAUCGCGGCGGACCCUUGCGGUGCUGGCUGCACACUGUCCCUUCUACAGCUGGAAGAGAGUGUUCCUAACCCACCCUGCCACCUGCUACAGGACCACCUGCCCAGGCCCCUGUGACUCACAGCCCUGCCAGAAUGGAGGCACAUGUGUUCCAGAAGGACUGGAUGGCUACCAGUGCCUCUGCCCGCUGGCCUUUGGAGGGGAGGCUAACUGUGCCCUGAAGCUGAGCCUGGAAUGCAGGGUCGACCUCCUCUUCCUGCUGGACAGCUCUGUGGGCACCACUCUGGACGGCUUCCUGCGGGCCAAAGUCUUCGUGAAGCGGUUUGUGCAGGCCGUGCUGAGCGAGGACUCUCGGGCCCGAGUGGGUGUGGCCACAUACAGCAGGGAGCUGCUGGUGGCGGUGCCUGUGGGGGAGUACCAGGAUGUGCCUGACCUGGUCAGGAGCCUCGAUGGCAUUCCCUUCCGUGGUGGCCCCACCCUGACGGGCAGUGCCUUGAGGCAGGCGGCAGAGCGUGGCUUUGGGAGCGCCACCAGGACAGGCCAGGACCGGCCACGCAGAGUGGUGGUUUUGCUCACUGAGUCACGCUCCGAGGAUGAGGUUGCGGGCCCAGCGCGUCACGCAAGGGCGCGAGAGCUGCUCCUGCUGGGUGUAGGCAGUGAGGCCGUGCGGGCAGAGCUGGAGGAGAUCACAGGCAGCCCAAAGCAUGUGAUGGUCUACUCGGACCCUCAGGAUCUGCUCAACCAAAUCCCUGAGCUGAAGGGGAAGCUGUGCAGCUGGCAGCGGCCAGGGUGCCGGACACAAGCCCUGGACCUCGUCUUCAUGUUGGACACCUCUGCCUCAGUAGGGCCCGAGAAUUUUGCUCAGAUGCAGAGCUUUGUGAGAAGCUGUGCCCUCCAGUUUGAGGUGAACCCUGACGUGACACAGGUCGGCCUGGUGGUGUAUGGCAGCCAGGUGCAGACUGCCUUCGGGCUGGACACCAAACCCACCCGGGCUGCGCUGCUGCGGGCCAUUAGCCAGGCCCCCUACCUAGGUGGGGUGGGCUCAGCUGGCACCGCCCUGCUGCACAUCUAUGACAAAGUGAUGACUGUCCAGAGGGGCGCCCGGCCUGGUGUCCCCAAAGCUGUGGUGGUGCUCACAGGCGGGAGAGGCGCAGAGGAUGCAGCCGUUCCUGCCCAGAAGCUGAGGAACAAUGGCAUCUCUGUCUUGGUCGUGGGCGUGGGGCCUGUCCUAAGUGAGGGUCUGCGGAGGCUUGCAGGUCCCCGGGAUUCCCUGAUCCACGUGGCAGCUUACGCCGACCUGCGGUACCACCAGGAUGUGCUCAUUGAGUGGCUGUGUGGAGAAGCCAAGCGGCCAGUCAACCUCUGCAAACCCAGCCCGUGCAUGAAUGAGGGCAGCUGCGUCCUGCAGAAUGGGAGCUACCGCUGCGAGUGUCGGGAUGGCUGGGAGGGCCCCCACUGCGAGAACCGAUUCUUGAGAGGAGACGCCCCCGAGGCACAUGGCUCCCGUGCAGGAGGGCAGCAGCCGUACCCCUCCCAGCAACUACAGAGAAGGCCUGGGCACUGAAAUGGUGCCUUCUGGAAUGUCUGUGCCCUAGGGGUCCUUAGAAUGUCUGCUUCCCGCCGUGGCCAGGACCACUAUUCUCACUGAGGGAGGAGGAUGUCCCAACUGCAGCCAUGCUGCUUAGAGACAAGAAAGCAGCUGAUGUCACCCACAGACGAUGUUGUUGAAAAGUUUUGAUGUGUAAGUAAAUACCCACUUUCUGUA